UGCGCUGCGGCUGCGUCGGGCCGCGCGCGCUGAAGGAGACUGAAGUCAGUCGGAUGAACGGUCUCUGCAGGCCCGCUCAGCCGGCCCAGGUUUUUCCCGCGGGGGGAUAGCGAGGGGAUCCUUAUGCACAACCCCAUGAAAUGAACAAAGCUCCACAGCCCACAGGAGGAGCCCCGACAGCCCCACACCCUGCCCCUUCUCCCGGACUGCCGCAGCCGACGUUCCCACCUGGUCAGACGGCACCUGUGGUUUUUAACCCGGCACCGACCUCACAAAUGAAUACGCCUUCUCAGCCGCGCCAGCAUUUCUACCAGAACAGGGCGCAGCCUCCCACCAGCGCGUCCCGUGUGCAGACUAACACGACGGCCCGCCCCGGCCCCCCUGCCCAUGUGUACCCAGCUGCUUCCCAGGUGAUGAUGAUACCCUCCCAGAUAUCCUACACACCUUCCCAAGGAGCCUAUUACAUUCCCGGACAGGGUCGCUCCACGUACGUUGUCCCAACCCAACAGUACCCGGUCCAGCCUGGUGCCCCUAGUUUUUACCCUGGAGCCAGCCCCACAGAGUUUGGGACUUACGCGGGUGCUUAUUACCCAGCGCAGGGGGUGCAGCAGUUCCCGGCGGGGGUCCCCACCGCCCAGGUCAUUGUGAGCCAGCAGCCGCCCAUCCCCCCGAAACGAGAGCGGAAGACGAUCCGGAUACGAGACCCUAACCAAGGCGGCAAAGACAUCACUGAAGAAAUCAUGUCUGGAGCAAGGACCUCAUCCACACCCACCCCUCCACAGGCUGGAAGCAGUUUGGAGCCCCAGGCCAAUGGAGAGACCCCCCAUGUAGCAGUUAUUGUCCGGCCAGAUGACCGCCCGAAGCCCGCGCUGGUGGUGAGCAAGCCCGUCUCCCUGGAGCCCAGCAAGUCAACGUCCCCGUCACCUCCCCCUCCCCUCAUCCCCGAGGUGGAGCCCGUGGUGCUCCCAACCGUGACGCUGGUGCCAAUGGAGCCUCCCGUGGACACGGACACUAAAGCGGAGCUGGGCGAGGCGCCGCCCGACACACACAAGACGUUAAGCGCCGACACUACAGUGCCAGGGGCUGCGGAGCCGGCCCUCGGGCCCGCGCCCGACAUGAACACGGUGGCCGUGGAGGAGGAGGAGGAGGAAGAGGUCACCAUUCCCCUCCCAGAGCCCACCCCGCAGGCACCUGUGCCCCCUGAGACACUGCCGGUGCCCGUUGUCCCCCUGAUGCCAGCCGUGCCCGUGGUACCGGCUGCGCCGUCGCCACCACCUGUUGCGCCACUGGCCCCCGAAGCAUCCGCCAAACCUGCCUCCCCCAGCCCCCCGCCGCCCCGGGAAGAGCCCUGCCCCGAGCCCGCCGUUGAGCCCGCCGCCGAGGCUGCUGCCGAGCCCAACGGUGUCUUAGAGGAGGUGCCUGAGCCGGUCCCUGAGGCACCCGUGUGCCAGCCGGUGCCGGUGCUGGUGCCCGCACCAGUGCCUGUGCCCACCCUGGACUCCCCCAUCGCCCAACCUGAAGAGCUGCCCCUACCCAAUGGGGUGGAGGGCACCAACAAAACAGAGCUGAGUGAGGAGCAGCUCGAGUCAGACAUCAGCCCCAUCUCGGAGCCUGAGGAGCCAGCCCAGCCCGGCACCCCUGCCUCCCCUCCGGCAGAGGAGGAGGAGGAGGAGAGCGAAGGCCCUGGCGAGGCCCAGGAGCGGAGCUCAAGCCCGACCCCUGCCCCUUCGCAGACCUCGGAGGCGACCGCGCAAGUCGCCGUGUCAGUGCCAAAGAAGAAGCGAAGGAUGAAGGAGCUGAACAAGAAGGAAGCAGUAGGCGAUUUGCUGGAUGCCUUUAAAGAGUCUCAGAUCAGUGACAGUGCCUCAGAGGUGGAGAACAAACCCCCUGCAUCUGCCCCGGCCCACGAAGUGGAGGACACAGCCUCUGCCCGGCCCCAGGAGGAGUCGGAGGAGACGUGGGAGGAGAAGGAGGACAAGCUGGCCCCAGAGAAGGGCAAGGCUGCUGACCAGAAGUACCGCUACAAGGAAGAGCAAUGGAAGCCACUGAACCCUGAAGAGAAGAAGCGAUAUGACCGAGAGUUCUUGCUGGGCUUUCAGUUCAUCUUUGCCAGCAUGCAGAAACCUGAGGGGCUGCCCCAGAUCACAGAAGUGGUGCUGGACAAGCCCUGUGUACCUUUGCAGGCCAACAAGACCCCGCUGCGGGCACUCGACCCCAUCCGCCUCAGCGGCAUGAACUGCAGCCCCGACUUCACCCCCUCCUUUGCCAACCUUGGCCGGCCCGUCAUGGGCAACCGAGGCCUGCCCUCAGGGAUGGGUCCCCGCCGCUCCCAGCAGAACCAGAGGAAGGAGCCCCGGAAAAUCAUUGCCACUGUGUCCCUCAACGAGGAUGUUAAGCUGAACAAGGCCGAGAAGGCCUGGAAACCCAGCAGCAAGCGUGCCUCUGAGGAGGAGGACCCUGAGAACAUCAAGACGCAGGAGCUGUUCCGCCGCGUCCGCAGCAUCCUCAACAAGCUGACGCCCCAGAUGUUCCAGCAGCUGAUGAAGCAGGUGAUGGAGUUGUCCAUCGACACGGAGGAGCGGCUCAAGGGUGUCAUCGACCUCGUCUUCGAGAAGGCCAUCUCAGAGCCAAACUUCUCUGUUGCCUAUGCUAACAUGUGCCGUUGCCUUAUGGGGCUCAAAGUGCCCACAACAGACAAGCCCACGGUGACUGUGAACUUCCGCAAGCUGCUGCUCAACCGCUGCCAGAAGGAGUUUGAGAAGGACAAGGACGACGACGAGAUCUUUGAGAAGCGGCAGAAGGAGAUGGACGAUGCCAGCGCUCCCGAGGAGAAGGCACGCAUGAAGGACGAGCUGGAGGAGGCGCGGGACAAGGCCCGCCGGAGAUCCCUGGGCAACAUCAAGUUUAUUGGAGAGCUGUUCAAGCUGAAGAUGUUGACAGAGGCCAUCAUGCAUGACUGUGUGGUGAAGCUGCUCAAAAAUCAUGAUGAGGAGUCUCUUGAGUGCCUUUGCCGCCUGCUCACCACCAUUGGCAAGGACUUGGACUUUGAGAAGGCCAAGCCCAGGAUGGACCAGUACUUCAAUCAGAUGGAGAAGAUCAUCAAAGAGAAGAAGACAUCAUCCCGAAUCCGUUUCAUGCUGCAAGAUGUGAUUGACCUCAGACGGAAUAGCUGGGUGCCGCGACGAGGAGACCAGGGCCCCAAAACCAUUGACCAGAUCCACAAGGAAGCGGAGAUGGAGGAGCAUCGGGAACACAUCAAAGUGCAGCAGCUCAUGUCAAAGGACAAGAGGAGAGGGCCCUCCGGACCAUCGUCCAGCAGCGGGCGUGGGAGCCUGGUGGCAGAUGAUGGCUGGAACACGGUGCCCAUCAGCAAGGGCAACCGGCCUAUUGACACCAUCCGGCUCACGAAGAUCACCAAGCCUGGAUCCAUCGACUCCAACAACCAGCUCUUUGCACCGGGCGGGCGGCUGAGCUGGGGCAAAGGCAGCAGCGGAGGGUCUGGGGCGAAGCCUGCAGAUUCAGCAUCUGAUUCAGGGCGACCAGCCACCAGCACCUUGAACCGCUUCUCGGCGCUCCAGCAGUCAACUCCGGCAGAGAGCGUGGAGUCCCUGCGCGUGGUGCAGAGGAGCAGCUCCAGCCGCGACAGGUCAGAGAAGGCUGGGGACAGAGGGGAGCGGGAGUCGCGGUCGGAGAAGGGCAGCGACCGCCUGGAGCGGCCUGACCGGGGGGAGCGGGCAGACAGGAACAGGUCUGCCGUCACCAAGAGGAGCUUCAGCAAAGAGACGGAGGACAGGAGCCGAGAGAGGGAGAAGCAGGGCGGCCCCGAGGCUGUGCGCAAGGCUGCCAGCAUGAGUGAGGAACGGGACAGGAGCAGAGAGAGCGUUAAACAAGAGCCAACACCUCCCGCAGCAUCCCCCAAGCCCAUGCUGUCAGAAGAGGAGCUGGAGAAGAAAUCCAAGGCGAUCAUAGAGGAAUACCUGCACAUCAAUGACAUGAAGGAGGCCCUGCAGUGUGUGCAGGAGCUGGGCAGCCCCUCCUCGCUCUACAUCUUUGUACAGAACGGCAUCGAGUCCACGCUGGAGAGGAGCACCAUCUCCCGUGAGCACAUGGGGGUUCUACUGUGCCAGCUGGUGAAGGCAGGCACGCUCUCCAAGGAGCAGUACUAUAAAGGGCUGCGAGAGAUCCUGGAGAUUGCAGAAGACAUGGAGAUCGACAUCCCACACAUCUGGCUGUACCUGGCUGAGCUCAUCACCCCCAUCCUGCAGGAGGAAGGCAUCCCCAUGGCCGAGCUGUUUAGGGAAAUAACGAAGCCCCUGGUGCCUAUCGGGAAGGCCCCUACGCUGCUGGUCGAGGUGCUGGGCUUGUUAUGCAAGGGCAUGAGCCAGAAGACCGCAGGCAAGCUGUGGCGGGAUGGGGGCCUGAGCUGGAAGGAAUUCCUGCCUGAGGACCAGGAUGUCAACAAAUUUGUCACAGAGCAGAAGUUGGAGUACACAAUGGGGGACAGCUCGGACACGCCGAGCCGCAAGGAGCUGACCUCAGAGGAGCUGUGCAAGCAGAUGGACAAACUGCUGAAGGAGAACCCCAACAACCAAAGAAUACACGACUGGAUCGAGGCUAACCUGAGUGAGCAGCAGGUCUCGUCCAACACGUUUAUCAGGGCCCUGAUGACAUCCGUGUGCCACUCGGCCAUUGUCUUUGAGAACCCGUACCGCGUGGACACCCUGGUGAUCCGGAACCACGCCAAGCUGCUGCAGAAGUACCUGCGGGACGAGCAGAAGGAGCUGCAGGCGCUCUAUGCCCUGCAGGCCUUGGUGGUGAAGCUGGACCAGCCUCCCAACCUCCUGCGGAUGUUCUUUGAUGCCCUUUACGACGAGGAUGUCAUCAAGGAGGAGGCUUUCUACAAGUGGGAGUCCAGCAAGGACCCAGCCGAGCAGCAGGGCAAAGGGGUGGCUCUCAAAUCCGUGACAGCCUUUUUCACCUGGCUUCGGGAAGCUGAGGAUGAGUCGGACAACAACUGAGCAACUGUGAGGAAGAGGAGGAGGAGGAGGAAGGGGAGGGAGAGAGAGCAGAGUCCCUGGGGGAGCAACUCCAUCCCCUCCCACCCAUGGCCCCCCUGGACUUGCUGACACCAGGGCCAAAGGACCUGCUGUGCCCCCCUGUAGCCCCUCUCUUCAGUUCUCCUCCUCCUCCCCCUCCUCCCCUGGGCCCGGUUCUGCGUGCAAGGCUUGUACCUGUGUGUCAUGCUGAGACUAACAGCACGGGGCUGGGGGCGGCUGUGGCCGUGGGUCCCCUGGGGCCCCUCCUCUCCCCUCUCCCAGCACAGACACACUAGGUCUCGGGCAGUGGGGCAGAGCACCCCAGACACAUGUCAGGGGGAGGGGGGAGGGGAUGGGGAUAUAUCUCUCCCCUCCUCUCCCCCCUCCUCUUCUUCCUCCCCACUUCUUGCUGAAAUAUAGAGAGAUUAUAUAUAUAUAAACUUAUUAAAUUUGGUUUGGGGACAGGAGCGUGAUUUCUCCCCCUCCCCUGUCCUCUCUCUGUUCCUCCAUCACUGCCUGGACCCUCCCUCCCCCACCUCCCAUGGGUUUUUAUGUUAAAUCUAAAUCAUUCCCCCUCCAGCUUCUGCUCUGACACCCGGGGAAGGGUGCCGGGGAGGAGGGGGGUGGGGGGUGGGGUUGACCCCCUUCUCUCUGGGCCAGGCUCAGUCCUCUCCUCCCCUCUCCCCCAAGUCCCCAUCUUCCUCCCAAACGUUUGAGGCCACGAUUGGGCAGCGCCGGGGCGGCCCCAUCCGCGUCCCCUGUAUUUAUAGAGUGCCGGAUGUGUCGGAGCCGCACGUGUAAUUAUUAAAGCAAGGAUUCAAUUACUGGUCACGUCAA